UUCCUACUCUGCUCCUAUAAAUUUUAAAACCCUCCUAACAUUUUCCGUCCUAAAUUUUUUAUCAUCUGAAAAGCUUUUUCUCCAAAAAACCAUACAAAUCAUUCCAACCGGAGACAAGAAGCCAUGUGUGGCGGUGCUAUCAUUUCCGAUUUUAUACCUCCGAGCGGAUCGUCUCGCCGGCUAACGGCCGACUUGCUCUGGGGAACCGGCGCCGAUUUCCCUGGUACCAAGAAGGACAUUAAUAAGAAGAAGAAUAAUAAGAAGAACACUAGCGAUUUAUACUCCAAGCCGCUGAGAUCUGAGGUCGUUGACCUGGAUGACGAAUUUGAGACUGAUUUUCAGGAGUUUAACGACCACUCCGAUGACGAAGUGGAGGAGCUGGAAGACGUCAAGCCUUUCGGUUUCUCUGCCUCCAAGCAUUCUGCCAUCCCCUCCCGUGGCACCAAGUAUGGAAAAUCAUCUGAUUCCAGUGAUGAAUCUGAAAAAUACUCAAAGAGAAAGAGGAAGAACCAAUAUAGAGGUAUCCGACAGCGGCCAUGGGGCAAAUGGGCUGCUGAGAUCCGUGAUCCAAGGAAAGGGGUCCGUGUCUGGCUUGGAACUUUUAACACUGCUGAAGAAGCUGCUAGAGCCUACGAUACUGAGGCUCGAAGGAUCAGAGGCAAAAAAGCCAAGGUCAAUUUUCCUGAUGAAACUCAAGGCUCUGCCUCAAGACGCCCUGUAGCUGUGAAUCCUCAGAAACUACAAGUCAAGGAAACUCCUGGUCCAGUUCAGCCCACUCUAAGUGAAAGCAUGACUUUCACAAGCAGCAUGGAAAAUGACUACUACAAUUCUCUGAAUCUUGUUGAAGAAAAACCACCAACAAAGCAGUUUGGCUAUGCUGAUGUUUAUCCUACCAUUGGAGAGAUGGAAUUCAAGUCAUUUCCCCAAUCUGAUUGUGCUAGCCUUUAUUUUAAUUCUGAUCAAGGAAGUAAUUCCUUCGAUUGUUCCGACUUUGGGUGGGGAGAACAGUGCCCAAAAACUCCAGAAAUAUCAUCCAUUCUCUCAUCUGCAAUAGAAGUGGAAGAAUCUCAAUUUUCGGAGGACACAAACCCUUCAAAGAAACUGAAGAGUUCUUUGGAUCAGGUGCCUGCUGCUGACAAUGAUAACAAGCUGUCUGAAGAGUUGUCAGCUUUUGAGUCCCAGAUGAAGUUCGAUCAGAUGCCUUUAUUUGAUGGAAACUGGGAAGCAUCUGUUGACACCUUCCUAAAUGGGGAUGCAACCCAGGGUGGCGGGAAUGCAAUGGAGGAUCUUUGGACAUUUGAUGAUAUCUCUGCUAUGAUGGGGGGUGUUUACUAAGCCUGCUUUUGGCCUUGUUGUGGCUUUCUGUAAAUAAGGCUACAUGUAUGUUUGUGGUGUCAAGCAUGCUUAAGCCAUGGAUGCUGUACGCACUUUGAUGAGAUUGGGAGUACAUAGGUAAUUAGGUUGCAUUAACCUUUCGUGACUCUUGAUUCAAGUGUUCUGAAUUUGAUGGUUGUAUGAAUGAUGAUGACUCGAUGAAGACCAAUGUUUUAUAAUACCUAUUGUUACUUAAAUUUGAACUCUUUCUA